AUGGUCUCACUAUCAUAUGCUACACCUCCGCCGUCGCUACAGUCAUUUUCUUUUAAUUUAGGUGCUUCACCAAUACAAAGACGAAAACGAAUAAGAUUACAACGAGAUUCAAUUGACGAUUAUUUCGAAGAAAAAUUAAAACGAACAACACCAUCAAUAUCACAUCCAUAUACACUGCGACCAAAAUCCAACCAAACACACAGUAAAUCAGAUCAUUAUUCAGAUUCAUCAGAUACUGACGGAACAUUAUUAACCACAAAAACAUCAGCAGAUUUACCAACAGCAGAAAUCAUACCAAAGGACAAUUAUGAUGUAUUUCAUUGCAAAUCGAAACAUAAUACAUCCGACCAUGCCAUGAACGAAAUACAUCAUAUUACUAAUACAAUGCCAAGUGUAUGGAGCUUAAGAAACAUUCGACAACAAAUGAAUGAAAACAUUAAUGUUAUAAACACUGAAUUUGCGUCAUAUAUUCGAAUUGAAGAUGCAAUAAAAACAUUAAUGCAUACAAAUCAAACAUCAAUAUCAAGAAUAAGACGUAGUAUAACAACACGCUUGUCAAUAGACGGAAUGCAGGUCGGUGAAAAAUUAAAAUUACUCUUUUUACUUGUGAGUUGCCCUACAUUUAGUAAACAACAAAUUGCUUCUAAAUUAUUACCAAUUUUCAUUCGAUCGGUGAAAAAUAACGGCGAAUUGAUAUAA